ACUUAUUUUUCCACCUCCCUCCUUUUUUUUAAUUUAUUAUUUUUUUUUACAGUUUCUUCUCUCCCAGUUGCAGCUUUAACAACAUCAAAGAAAAAAGCUCCAAAGGGAGAGCUCUCUCUCGUAAAAUGGACGGCUUGGAUCACACGCCUGACCUCUGCAACUAAUCUAUGGCUUCCAACUUCGUCUUCUCUAGCUUGGUUUUUCUACUAAUGUGGCGCAAUCUGUCAACGUAUGGAUACCUAAAUUUGGACAAAUAUCCUAGUGAAAUGAGAACAUCUGUUAGAAUAUCUAUGUGUGGACGAAGUUUCUCAGUUUACUUUACGAAACUGGAAAUUGUAACCUUUCGAGCUUGAUUUUUGUCAGAUUUAGUGCCGAUUUUGUCACAUCAUGGAGACUUGUGAUUGUAUUGACUCGCAAUGGCCACCUGAAGAAUUGCUGGUGAAAUAUCAGUAUAUAUCAGAUGUUUUGAUUGCCCUUGCCUAUUUCUCGAUUCCCCUAGAGCUUAUUUAUUUUGUUCAAAAAUCUGCAUUCUUCCCGUAUCGAUGGGUGCUUAUGCAAUUCGGUGCUUUUAUCAUUCUUUGUGGAGCCACCCACUUUAUAAACUUGUGGACAUUCACCAUGCACUCUAAAGCUGUUGCUGUGGUGAUGACUAUUGCGAAGGUUUCAUGUGCUAUUGUAUCAUGUGCGACUGCUUUGAUGCUUGUGCACAUUAUUCCUGAUCUUUUGAGUGUCAAAACUCGGGAAUUAUUUUUGAGGAACAAGGCUGAAGAGCUUGACAGGGAAAUGGGCCUUAUUCUCACUCAAGAAGAAACUGGAAGGCAUGUAAGGAUGCUAACUCAUGAAAUCAGAAGCACACUUGACAGGCAUACGAUAUUGAAGACGACUCUUGUUGAAUUGGGUAGGACCUUGGGCCUGGAGGAAUGUGCCCUGUGGAUGCCAUCAAGGACUGGUAUGAAUCUGCAACUUUCCCAUACUCUAAACUACCAAAUACAAGUUGGAGCUACUGUGCCACUAAAUCUUCCUAUAGUCAAUGAAGUCUUCAAUAGCGCUCGAGCAGUGCGUAUACCUUAUACCUGCCCACUAGCUAGUAGGAUCAGACCUCUAGUGGGGAGAUUUGUGGCACCAGAGGUUGUGGCUGUUCGGGUACCUCUUUUAAAUCUCUCAAAUUUCCAAAUUAAUGACUGGCCUGAUCUCUCUGCAAAAAGCUAUGCAGUCAUGGUUCUUAUUCUCCCCACUGACAGUGCCAGAAAGUGGCGAGACCAUGAGUUGGAACUUGUCGAAGUUGUUGCAGACCAGGUUGCUGUUGCUCUCUCACACGCUGCUAUUCUGGAGGAAUCUAUGCGGGCCCGUGAUCAGCUCAUGGAGCAAAAUGUUGAUUUAGACUUGGCUCGUCGAGAGGCUGAGAAGGCAAUUCAUGCUCGGAAUGAUUUCCUUGCUGUAAUGAACCAUGAAAUGCGUACACCAAUGCAUGCAAUUAUUGCAUUGUGUUCACUUCUUUUGGAGACUGAGCUAACUCCAGAACAGAGAGUUAUGAUCGAGACAGUGUUAAAGAGUAGUAACCUUUUGGCAACACUAAUCAAUGAUGUUCUGGAUCUUUCUAGACUUGAAGAUGGCAGCCUAGAAUUAGACUUUGGAAUGUUCAAUCUUCAUGGAAUUUUCAAAGAGGUCAUCAAUCUGAUAAAGCCCAUUGCAUCUGUAAAGAAGCUAUCUAUGACUAUGAUUCUGGCACCUGAUUUGCCAAUGUAUGCUGUUGGUGAUGAGAAACGGCUUAUGCAAACUAUUUUAAAUGUCACGGGUAAUGCUGUGAAGUUCACAAAGGAGGGUUUUGUUUCAAUUGUGGCUUCUGUUGCGAAACCAGAGUCUUUAAGAGACUGGCGACCUCCAGACUUUUACCCUGUCUCAAGUGAAGGCCACUUCUACUUACAAGUGCAGGUUAAGGAUUCUGGUUGUGGUGUUCUCCCACAAGAUAUGCCAACUCUUUUUACCAAAUUUGCACAGCCACGAAGCGGAUCUAGUCGUAAUAGUGGAGGUGCUGGACUUGGACUUGCUAUUUGUAAAAGGUUUGUAAAUCUGAUGGGAGGCCACAUAUGGAUUGAGAGUGAAGGCGUUGACAAAGGUAGCACAGCAACAUUCCUCAUCAAACUCGGGAUCUGCAACAAUCCAAAUGAUUCAUCUAUCCAUCAAGUUCCAUCCCACGUCAAAGCAUAUCGUGGAAGUGCAGAUCUGAGUGGACAAAAACCAAUAUUAAGAGAUUACGAUGGUGGUACUUCAUCCACUACACGAUACCAAAGAAGUCUUUAGAUGAUAAUGGAACCCAAUGUUGCAAUGAAAAAGUCAGCUUAUAUUAGUGUUGUUAUUCUCCGUUCUCAUAUUGUUUUGAGGUUAAAGGUUUGAAACUCAAGCCUGAAUAUAAUCCCUUGUUAAUAGAUCAGAUAGGAUUUAGCUGCGACAUUUACCAUAUAUUAUACUACUAUGUAGUAAUUCACAUAAUAUGAAUUGCAAAAGAACUGUACGUAAGGCAAGAUCCUUUUCCUUGCUUGCUGGUACCAACAGAUUCGUUGU